CAAUCUGUAGGGAUCGAUGGCUUGUGAGAUUGUAAAAGCUGAACCCCUCUCAAUUCUCAUGAUAAGCGCACUGCCCAUGUCCAACCUCCACGACGCCGGAAAUGGCAAGGACGACGAUGCCUCGCCGCCCAAGCGCCUCCGCAGGUCGCCGGCGCCGGAGCCCACCUCCGUGCUCUACAACCGCAGCCCCAGCCCGCCCACCUCCUCCUCCCUCGCCUCCUCAUCCGCGCCAGAGCCACCGCCCAUCAGCGCCGAGGACUGGGAGGCCGUCCUCUCCGGCGACAUGGCCGCGCCACCAGCCCCCGCGCGCUCUCAAGACAGCUGCUUCCUCCACUGGAUCAUGGACGACGACGCCCAAGUCGACGCCUUUGACCCCUUCCUUGCUCCGCCGCUGUGCCAAGAGCCCGCCGUCGAGCCCCCCUUCAUGCUGCAGCCGCAGCCGCAGCCCCCGCUCCGCGUGGCCGAGGACCUCGAGCCUCAGGCGGUGGUGGACGAGCUCCUCGAGGCGGCGCGCCGCGCCGACUCCGGGGACUCCACUGGCGCGCGCGAGAUAUUGGCGCGGCUCAAUCACCGGCUCCCCUCGCCGCCGCUGGUACACCCUCCUCUCCUCCGCGCUGCCGCUCACCUCCGCGACACGCUCCUGCGCCUCCUCGUCACGCCCGCCGCCCUCCCGCCCGGCUCCGUCUCCUCCCCGCUCGACGUCGCGCUCAAGCUCGCCGCGCACAAGGCCCUGGCGGACGCGUCCCCGACAGUCCAGUUCGCCAGCUUCACGAACACGCAGGUGCUCCUCGACGCGCUCGGCGCCGCGCGCCGCGUGCACGUGGUCGACCUCGACGUCGGCUUUGGCGCUCGGUGGCCGCCGCUCAUGCAAGAGCUCGCGCUCCAGUGGCGCCGGGCAUCCGCGCAACUGCCGCCGCCGAGCAUCAAGGUGACGGCAUUGGUCUCGCCGGGGUCAGCGCACCCCAUGGAGCUCCGCCUCACGCACGAGAGCCUGACGCGCUUCGCCGCCGACGUCGGCAUCCGGUUCGAGUUCGACGCCGUCGUGUUCGACCCCUUGGACCCGUCCCCGCCCGUGGGCGUGUCCGCCGCCGCGCCCGGCGAGGCCGUCGCCGUCCACCUACCUCUCGGCUCCGGGACCUUCUCGGCGGCCCCGUCGACUCUCCGCGUCGUGAAGCAGCUCCGGCCUGCCAUCGUGGUGUGCGUCGACCACGGGUGCCACCGCGGCGACCUGCCGCUGUCGCAUCACGCCCUCAACGUCGUGCGCUCCGGCGCAGCGUUCCUCGAGUCGCUGGACGCGGCCGGCGCGCCAGCGGACGCGGUGGCGAAGGUCGAGCAGUACAUCCUGCGUCCACGGGUGGAGCGCCUGUUGCUCAGCGACAGGAUGCCGCCAUGGCAGACCAUGUUUGCGUCCGCCGGAUUCGCACCGGUGCAACUGAGCAGCGCCGCCGAGGCACAGGCCGAAUGCCUUGUCCGGAGGCGCACGCCCACGCCGGGCUUCCUUGUCGAGAAGCGGCAGGCGGCUCUUGCGCUGCGGUGGCAGCAGUCGGAGCUGGUGACGGUGUCGGCGUGGCGGUGCUGAACGAAGUUGUGCGUGGAGUAUUUGCUGAUCGAUUAACUUGUGUCGACCUGUGAAGUUGUUUUAUGAUAUAUAUGUGUGUAUAGCAAUUGGGUAAUGUGAUGUAAUUAUUGCCUAGGAUAGAUAAGUCCUGCUCCAAGGCAAAGUGUGUUUGGCUAAUACAGUACAAUACAGUGUGUAGCACUAACCAUCCAUGUCAAAGCUUGAUAAUACUUUUCAGACAUGAAUGUGAUGUGCAUUCUUUAAGGAAAAAAAAGGAUUGGUACA